AAUCCCGAUGGAUCCGACGAGGCGAUUCAUCCCCGGUCUCUUCUUCUUCUUCUUCUUCUUCUUCUUCCUCCUCGCUCCGCUUCCAUAAUCCGACGAUCGAAAUGCCCGGUUCGAAUUCGCUUCCGACUCUCGUCUUCAUCCCGAAGGCUCCACGAGCUGCCAUUUCUUCCCCUCCCCGCGUCAUUCGAUCAAGCACCGAGAGCGCACGCCUCUGUUCUCUGACGCGAUCGCCGAAUCCGGGUCCCUUCUGAACCCUACCCGAGGUAAGCGGACGUGGGUGUCUCUCUAUUUUUCUUUCCUCGGGAAGUCUGUGUCGUGAUUUGAAGAUUUUCGAGGGAUGAACUACCAAGGGGCUGGAUUCUUUCCGGACGAGGUAAUCACUCGGAUUCUUUCCAGAUUGCCCAUUAAGUGUCUGUUCAGGGCUAGGGCCGUUUGCAAGGUCUGGCGUAAGCUGUUGUCGGAGGAUUACUUUGUCCGUCUCUACAAUGAAGCGUCUGUCAGGGACUCCAUGGUGGUGGUGGAGGUCUCCGAGUCGUUGGAAUCGGUGCCGACCUUCAUUUGUGUCGAUAGUUCGAGGGGUGUUUCUGAAUUCUCCCUCGGUUUCUUGAAUGAUAGAGUUAAGGUCAGGGCUUCGUGCAAUGGCUUGCUUUGUUGUUCGAGCAUUCCUGAUAAGGGUGUUCACUAUGUCUGCAAUCCCGUGACUAGGGAGUUUAGGUUGCUUCCGAGGAGGGAGAGGCCGAUGAAUAGGUUUCAUCCGGAUGGCGAGGCUACUCUGGUCGGUUUGGCUUGCGAUUUGUGUGCGCAGACCUUCAGCGUCGUGCUGGCGGGUUACCACCGGACUUUCGGCCACCGGACUGAUGGGACGUUUAUUUGUUUUGUGUAUGAUUCGGAAUCGAACAAGUGGAGGAGGAUCGUCUCUUUUCAAGACGAUCAUUUCACGCAUAUGAACAAGAACCAGGUCGUGUUUGUUAAUGGGGCGCUUCACUGGUUGACGGGUAGCUUCUCCUGUAUUCUUGUACUUGAUUUGCAUUAUGACAUCUGGAGGAAGAUGUCCUUGCCAGAGCAGCUAAGUUGUGGAUCAGGGAAUAGGCUUUAUCUGUUAGAGCUGGAUGGGUGCCUAUCGAUAAUUCAGAUCUCAGAGGGCUGGUUGAACAUUUGGGUGUUGAAGGAUUAUGAGAUGGAGAAUUGGCAAAUGGUUGAUAGGGUUAGUCUAAGAUGUAUCAGAGGUUUGGUGCCGGGCAUUUUCCCGAUAAGUCAGACGAGUGAAUAUUUAUUUUUGGCCUCUCAUAAGCAGGUAUUGGUGUAUCAACGAAAGAGUAGAGUGUGGAAAGAGAUGUACUCUGUGAAGAACGGGUCGACGCUCCCCUUGUGGUUUUCAGCCCAUGCGUUUCGUAGCGUGAUCUUAUCUUGUAAAUGAGUUCACUAGUUCAUCUCGUGAAAGUGUGUACAUACUGGUAGCAGGUAUUGCUAUUGGAUUGGCUGCUCAUUGCACGCGGAAACCUUUUUAGUGAUGGUUUUCGAGAAGGAAAAUCAUGUUCUCACAUCAAAGUUCAGGAGGGUGGAUUGCCUUUUAAGAUGUAAGCUUGUUGUCAUUAUGCUUUUACGUGGUGUCCUGGGACUAUUGGAGCGAUAGAGCAAUUUUUCCGUGGUAUUCAAAUGU